GCCGUAACCGCAUACUUUUGACAAGAGUUGUUUUCUGUAUCCGAGAUUUACAAGAUUUGUAUAUGUCGGACGCUAAAAUUUAUUCCUUCGAUGUCACUAUUAUUACUUUUGAGUAAUUUAAACUAUAAUCGGCUUCCAAAAAAUUAAUUGCUAUCUAGUCACUUAACUUUAUGAAUUGCUGUUUAGCGAUAUAAAAUUGCUGCAGAAUCUGUUAGAAUGGCAGUCACACAGAGUGUCAAUUGCAGUUUAGACGAUAUAGAUUUAAAUAGUUUAAAAGACCCAGCUGGCAUAUUUGAACUUAUUGAAGUUGUUGGCAAUGGAACAUAUGGUCAAGUCUACAAGGGUCGUCAUACUAAAACAGGACAACUUGCUGCUAUUAAGAUUAUGGAUGUUACUGAGGAUGAAGAAGAAGAAAUAAAACUUGAAAUAAAUGUCUUGAAAAAGUAUUCUCAUCACAGAAAUAUUGCUACAUAUUAUGGAGCUUUCAUACAAAAAAGCCCUCCUGGGAAAGAUGAUAAGUUAUGGCUUGUUAUGGAAUAUUGUGGAGCAGGAUCAGUAACUGAUUUAGUUAAAUCUACUAAAGGCCAGCCAAUUAAAGAAGAAUGGAUUGCUUAUAUUUGUCGAGAAAUUUUACGAGGUCUAAGUCAUUUACAUGCCAACAAAAUAAUACAUAGAGAUAUAAAAGGGCAGAAUGUUCUUUUGACAGAUAAUGCUGAAGUCAAAUUAGUUGACUUUGGAGUGAGUGCUCAACUAGAUCGUACGAUUGGAAGACGGAAUACUUUUAUUGGCACUCCUUACUGGAUGGCUCCUGAAGUUAUUGCUUGUGAUGAAAAUCCAGAUGCUACCUAUGAUAAUAGAAGUGAUCUCUGGUCUCUUGGUAUUACUGCACUUGAAAUGGCGGAAUCGCAGCCUCCUCUUUGUGAUAUGCAUCCCAUGCGAGCAUUAUUUCUCAUUCCACGGAAUCCACCACCUCGUUUGAAAUCCAAAAAGUGGGCAAAGAAGUUUCAUAGUUUUAUUGAAACUGUUUUAGUGAAAGAUUAUCAGCAGCGACCAUAUACUGAUCAGCUCUUAAAGCAUCCUUUCAUCCGAGAUCAACCUACUGAACGCCAAGUAAGAAUUCAGCUGAAAGACCAUUUGGACAGAUGUAGGAAAAAUAAAAAAGGUGAAGAAAGAGACCACGAUGAAUAUAGAUACAGUGGAAGUGAGGGUGAAGAUGAUGAUAUGAUUCCUGCACAGAUAAGCUCUAGAAAUAUUCUUGAAGAUUCAACUCUGAGGAGAAAUUACCAAGACGAUAGUCAAACAUUGACCCCAUCUGGUGGAAAUUAUCGUGCGGCUGACACUCCUCUGCCACCACCACGUCCUCCUGUACCUCCACAGAGACUUAUUGUUGUGCCUGAUCCUCCUCCUCCAAGUAAACCUUUACCACCUAUUCCUGGGGAAGAAAAGAAACCUGCCACUCCUCCAAGAAAUCAGCAAUUACAGCCUCCAGCCUUGCCCCCCAGUAGGAGUGCUGCAGUUUUAAAACCUGCAGCUCGAAAACCAGAAGACUUGGACGUGGUAGCUUCUCAUUUAGCUGAUGUAUCUGUAAUGGACAGUAGUGCCCCAAGCCCAAACAAUUGUAACUUACCUCCGGCUGUUCCCUGUGAUGAAUAUUCUACUUUAAAUGGCAGUUCACCUGAAUUCCCCCCUCCUCCACCACCAAUUGUUUCUGACUCAGAUGAUGACGAUGAUGAUGAAGAUGAUGGACAAGUACAAAAUGAUGGCACUUUAUUAGCUUCGGAUCCCCCAAGACCCCUGCCACCUGACUGUUACAAUACUGAUACUUUAAGAGCAUUGGUUCAAAAAGUGUCUAGUCAAGCACCAAACCGACCUCUACCACCAACUCCUGAUGAUGAAGAUACCAAGGCUCUUCAUAAGGCUGAUAAUUCUAAAGAGCCCAGAGAACAUCAGAACUCUCCUUUAUUGCCGGAUGUAAGUAGACUUCAUGGUCAGCGUUUAGAAUCAUCUCAGAGUACUCCUGCUAAUAUUGGAAUGGCUGGAUCUCGUCCUGGUGGAGUUCUUCCCGAUUUAUUCCCUCAGCAUUCAUCACAACAAGUCUUGGGUUCAAAAGCGGAAAGAUCUGAUGAAUAUCAUCAUAAGCAAAGAUCAUUUUUGACUUUUGGAUUUGGAGCUGGAAGUGGUUCCUCACCUUCACCUCAAAAAUUGUCACAGAUUAAUGUCAAUGUCACUCCAACAGCCCAUGAAGUUACUCCUGAUACUCCUGAAAUCAGGAAGUACAAGAAGAGAUUUAAUUCGGAAAUUCUUUGUGCAGCAUUAUGGGGAGUAAAUUUGUUAAUUGGCACCGAAAAUGGAUUAAUGUUGCUUGAUAGAAGUGGCCAAGGUAAAGUUUAUCAACUGAUUUCAAGGCGAAGAUUUCAGCAGAUGGAAGUGUUGGAAGGUCAGAAUAUACUCGUUUCAAUUUCUGGCAAGAAGUCUCGAGUUCGUGUGUAUUACUUAUCAUGGUUGAAAAGUAAAAUUCUCCGCUCUGAUGGGCAAGUGGAGAGGCAGAAUGGUUGGAUAAAUGUUGGUGAUUUACAAGGAGCUGUGCAUUUUAAAAUAGUGGUGUGGUCUAUUCCUCAACAUGGCUUUAAAGACUGGGAAAAUACGUUUCGAAUAUGGAGUGGCAAUGUUAAAUAUGAGAGAAUCAAGUUCCUCGUCAUUGCCUUAAAGGAAAGUGUUGAAAUCUAUGCUUGGGCUCCUAAACCAUACCAUAAGUUCAUGGCAUUCAAAUCAUUUACUGAUCUUUUGCAUAAGCCUUUAUUAGUUGACUUAACAGUGGAAGAAAAUAUACGGCUUAAAGUUAUAUUUGGUUCUGCUGAUGGAUUUCAUGCUGUGGAUCUGGAUUCGGGUGCUGUCUAUGAUGUAUACCUUCCAGCGCAUUCCCAGGGAAAUAUUACACCUCAUGCAAUUGUUACCUUGCCAAAUUCUAAAGGAAUGCAAUUAUUAUUGUGUUAUGACAACGAGGGUAUAUAUGUGAAUACUUUUGGGAAGGUCAGUAAGAAUAUUGUACUCCAAUGGGGAGAAAUGCCGACUUCAGUAGCAUUCAUUGGAACUGGACAAGUGAUGGGCUGGGGAAAUAAAGCCAUUGAAAUACGCAAUGUUGAAACUGGUCACUUGGAUGGUGUGUUUAUGCACAAGAAGGCUCAAAGAUUAAAAUUUUUAUGUGAAAGGAAUGAAAAGGUAUUUUUUUCGUCUGCAAAAGGUGGUUCUGCAUGUCAGAUAUAUUUUAUGACUCUUAGCAAGCCAGGCAUGAACAACUGGUAGCGAAUUAAAGAAUUUUAAGUGCUUCUAAAAAGUUUUACAUGUAGCUGUUCCGGUGUGUGUUUGUGCAAGAUAUUUGUACUAUAUUGCUCAAUGUAUAACUUUUAUGAGCAGUUUGCUACUUUUGUAAAUAUUAAAGCCAUUUUUAUUUAUAAAUAUUGUGCUUGUUGAAAGUAUUUUAACAAAUUUAUAAAUCUAUGUUUUCUUCUUAUGUAUUUGAUCAGUGUAUUUUCCUUUCAAAUUUAAGUUGUAAUAAAAUUACCGGCCUUCUA